ACGUGCUCACUCGUUGUUUGUUUACAAAACUUUGGUGCACGGUGCGGCUUCAACGCGGGCACGUUAAUUUUUCAGUUCAGGUUUUAUUCUUUAACACCGUUAUUUUAAGGGAAAAUGGUAACGAAAACCCAACCCGGGCAGUGUAAACUACACCAUGUCCAGUUCUACAAUUUGCUCCCGAGAGAAAUAAGCGUACUGGCUGUGAAUUCGAGCAGUGGCAAACUUGCACUGGCAAGGGACGAUGGUACUAUCGAAAUUUGGUCGUUAGCAGCGGCUCCAUUCCUGGAGAAAUCAAUCCCUGGAGGUGGCGAGGUGUCGGUGGAGGGUUUGGCAUGGGUUAAAGACAGAUUGUUUUCGGUUGGCCUAUCCGGAUCGUUGGUGGAGUGGGAUUUGAAAAAGCAUUCAGUCAAAAGCAGUGUGCUUGUUACCGGAAAUGCAGCUUGGUGUAUGGACGUUAGCAAAAAUAACCAGCUCUUGGCGGUUGGAACGGAAGGCGGGUACAUCAAUAUUUACAAUGUGCAGGACGAUUCAAUCAAUUAUGAGAAAAUUUUGGACAAACAAGAAGGGCGAAUAGUUUGUCUGAAAUUUGAUUAUAGCGGAGAUUUUAUAGUUACUGGUUCAGCAGAUGCGGUUAGAGUAUGGAAUGUAAAAAAGGGUCACGCGGUCCAUAAAAUGACAACUGGUAGAACGCAACGGGAUAAGGAGACUAUCGUUUGGAAUCUUCUAGUGCUGAAGGAUUUCACCAUUGUUUCUGGAGAUUCUAGAGGAAAGAUUAUGUUCUUCGAUGGGCAUUUGGGAACUUCUUUCGAUAGCAUUCCUGCUUCCAAAUCUGAUGUACUAUGUUUGGCCAUCAACGACAAGGAAGACAUGCUAUUUGUUGGAGGGGUUGAGCCGAACAUCAAAAUCUAUCAACGAGUGGAAGUUUCCAAGGGUGGUGAGAAAAUCAAAAGUUUCGUACGGUCUCUGACGCGAAAAUGUCACACCCACGAUGUGAAAGCUAUGACGAUGUUCGAUCAAAAGCUAAUAUCUGGCGGAACCGAAGGAACUUUAGCCAUCAGCUCUUUCCCUCCGCUUGUUGUGGACAAAUAUAUGCCCUAUUUGAUGACACCAUCUGCAGUAAUCGCUGAAAACGCCCGAAUGAUUCUGCUGAAAUACGUCAACUAUCUGGAAGUUUGGACUCUCAGUUCCGGUCACUCGGAAAGUGUCAAAAUUCUUCAGAUAAGAAGUAAACUAGACGAGCACAUUCUAGCGGCUUCGAUUUCAUCGGAUGGAAAACACAUCAUCUACAGUUCGGAAGCCACCAUUCGAUUGUACCGGUUUGAGUAUCAGCCGGAAGGACAGACGAAUCAAACGCGAUUGGUACCCAUUCGAACCGUUCCGGAGCAAUUCGAGGCUCCCUGCAGCCGAGUUGAAUUUUGUCACGAUUCCAAGGGGGUGCUUCUGUUCAAGUUGAACGGGCAGAUUGAAUAUUUUACCUUCAACCAGGAGGGAGAUUUCGACCACAAGCAGUCCAUUGAAACUGGGAAAUGGUUCACCGAUCGAAUUCACCUGGUGACAUUAUCCCAUGACGAUGCCUAUCUGGCUUGUGGAAGCCUGUGCGGUGCCAUUGUGGUCCUCAAGAAGGAAAAAUUCGGCAAAUGGAAGCGUCUAACGAGUCUGCCACGAUACAAGUUGCCUCCCACGGCGAUAGCCAUCCAGCCUAACUCGCCGAUUCUGGCAGCGGUGUUUCCGGAUCAGAAAAUCUUCCAGUACGACUUCAGCGAGUACCGGUUUACGUUCACUUCGUUUCUACAGCUUAAUCGCAUGGACGCUUCGUUGAAUCAACCCAUUACCGGAAUUUUGUUUGAUCCGCGUAACGACGAAAUUAUGAUCCUACAGCAUGAUACCACCCUUUUGGUGUCCCAAUUGGAAGACAGUGAAGCACAAGAUGGGCAAAAGCGAAAGAAACUAAAUACUUCGAGAAAAAGUGUUGACGAUGAAGAAGCUGACGAUGCUCCUGCACCGAGCCAUCGGUACAGUUUGAAGAUUCUGAAGUCCUACCCGAGACUGGUCAGCUCGAGUUGGCUGGGUAACGAUGAAAUGGUCGUUGUGGAAGCGAAUCCCGUUUCGAUGGUGGAAUAUUUGCCACCGGCGUAUAGGAAAAAAGUGUUCGGAGCUGCUUAGUUUUCUAAUAAACAAUGACCGUGAGAA